CCUCUGAUUUGCAUGCCAAGUAUCCAAUGUUCAGGGGAUUUAUUUUUAGGAGUAGAAUCAUAUUAAGCAACAGACAUUUGCAAUGUAAACCAGCAAGUCCAGUAAGGAGGAAGGCAAGCAAUGGCACUUCCUGGUGCUGCCUCAUUAGAAUAGAAUGGCCCGCCUUGAAAGCAAGGCUGGGUUUCCAACAGGCAGAACCAGAUUCCCCAAGCGUAAAGUAAGCAAUUUGCUCUGUUGUACAUCGUAACUGGUGAAGGCUCUCACACUCCACAGCUUUCUAAGAUGCACUUUCCCAAUGAUCAUUAAGGUCUAGGAGGAUUAAGUAAGCAGAAACUGUUUUAAUGGAAAUCACACUCCUGCUCUGUUAUUUACCCUCACAAGGAUAUUGCAAAGCACCUUGAAGCACCAGAUCCUAAAGAGGCUUCCGGCAACUCAGGAUUUUUUAAAAAGGUUUACACAACUGUCUGGUUUUAAAAAGAACAGAACCACAGAAAACUCUACAGAAGAUGAAAGACCGCCUUCAAGAGCUUAAAUUGCGAGCAAAGGAACUGCAAUUAAUAGAAGAAAACAGCCGUUCUCCUAGUGUUGUGGCAGAGGAAAAAGAAUUUGAACAAACCGCUGUCAUUUUUGAAAAGGAGCCCAUAACUGAAAGGUACCUGAAUGAAAUCCAGCAACUUCACAAUGAUAUUAACAGUUUGGCAGCAGACGUCCAAAAGUUCAGCCAGCAGCAAAAAAGCCUAGUGGCUUCCAUGAGGAGAUUCAGCGUACUUAAAAAGGAGUGCAGCAUCACAAAAGGGAUAAAGGUUCAAGCAGAACACAUUAGCAAGUGCUUGGACGACUUGUCAAAAACACUGAAGAAAGCAGAGAAAGAACAUGGUUCAUCAUCUGCCAUCAUAAGGGUUCUGAGUGCUCAGCGGGCGGUCCUGUUCCGCCGCUUCCAAAAUAUCAUGUUUCUGUACAAUACCGCCAUAACAGCCAAGCAAGAAAAAUGCAAAGCUUUUAUUGUGCGCCAGCUUGAAGUGGCUGGGAAAGAAGUCUCCGAGGAAGAAGUGAACGACAUGGUUCAGCAAGGAAAAUGGGAAAUCUUCAACGAAAACUUGCUCACCGAGGUCAAUAUCACAAAAGCUCAGCUAUCUGAGAUUGAACAGAGACACAAAGAACUGGUCAAUCUGGAGAACCAGGUGAGAGACUUGAAGGGCCUCUUUGUCCAAAUCUCACUUUUGGUGGAAGAACAAGGCGAAAUGAUCGACAGCAUCGAAAUGGAAGUUGUCAAUACUCAGGACUAUGUUCAGACGACAACAGAGAAAUUCAGGCUGGCGGCAAAGUAUCGAAAGAAGCAUCCGUGCAGAGCAAUAUGCUGCUGGUGCUGCCCCUGCUGUUAAUAGGUUUUUUUUUGGG